UUCUGCAUUGUGAAUACAGCGUCGCUCAUACUCUGGUAGCUUUAUUUUACCAUAGAGAUUGCUUUAAAGAAAUAAUUGUCUUGUAGAAAAAAUCGAAUGAGUGAUAUAGACAGUUUUCACUAGAAAGAAAUUUCGCGCCUUUGAAUAACAUCGUGACAUUUAACGUAGAUUGCUUUCAAGUCCUCAGCUCGCCCGACUCCCUGUGCUUGUUUUGGUCCAGCUGACUGCACCCGAGAAGAGAGAGCGAGAAGGAGGAAAAAACUCCCCCGAGAUUCGCCCUUUUUGGAGGAAAUAAAUAAAGCUUUGGGUUCACGAUGGCGGCGCCGGGGGUCUUCGACUUGGAACUGCAGGAGGAAGACGCCAUAGAGUGCGAUCAGUCGGAUGACGACGCGAUUGAGGUGGAGGAGAGCCAGUAUGAACAAGGUCCGGAUAUUAAUGCCAUCCUGCAGUCUGAGGGCAUUGAGACCCUGCAGCUGUCAGACAGCACCGUCAACCCGGGCAUGGAGAAGGCCCGGCCCUCCGACUUCCAGCUCCUGAAGGUCUUGGGCAAGGGCGGCUAUGGCAAGGUCUUCCAGGUUAGAAGAGUGAGUGGCGGCAAAGGAGCUGGCAAGAUCUUCGCCAUGAAGGUGCUAAAGAAGGCAACCAUUGUUCGCAACCAGAAGGACACGGCACACACCAAGGCCGAGAGGAAUAUUUUGGAAGCCGUUAAGCACCCAUUCAUCGUAGACCUGGUUUAUGCCUUCCAAACGGGAGGGAAACUCUAUCUCAUCCUGGAGUACUUGUCAGGAGGCGAGCUCUUUAUGCACCUGGAGAGAGAAGGCAUUUUCAUGGAAGACACAGCAUGUUUUUACCUGUCGGAGAUAAUCUUGGCCCUGGAGCACUUGCACUCAGAAGGCAUCAUCUACAGAGACCUCAAGCCAGAGAACAUUCUCCUGGACUCCUACGGCCACGUUAAGCUCACUGAUUUUGGUCUCUGCAAGGAAAAGAUUCAGGAUGACUCUGUCACACACACAUUUUGUGGAACAAUAGAGUACAUGGCACCAGAGAUCCUGACUCGCACUGGACACGGAAAGGCAGUUGACUGGUGGUCACUUGGAGCCCUGAUGUAUGACAUGUUGACAGGAGCUCCCCCAUUCACAGCAGAGAACAGGAAGAAGACCAUUGAGAAGAUCCUCAAAGGCAAACUGAAUCUUCCCCCGUACCUCACCCCCGACGCGAGAGACCUGAUCCGCAAACUGCUCAAGAGACAAGUGAGUCAGCGUCUCGGCAGCGGCCCAGAUGACGGUGAGCCCAUUAAGAGACACUUGUACUUCAAACACAUCAACUGGGAUGAUGUCAUAAAUCGCAAACUUGACCCGCCAUUCAAGCCCGUCUUAAGUGGUGAUGAUGAUGUGAGUCAGUUUGACAGCAAAUUCACGAAACAGACCCCUGUGGACUCCCCAGACGACAACAUGCUCAGCGAGAGUGCCAACAUGGUCUUUGAGGGCUUUACAUAUGUUGCUCCUUCAGUGUUAGAGGAAAUGGCCAGACCUAGCGUAGUGAAAGCACGCUCCCCCAGGAAGCCUUACACCCCCAACUCAGGUGGCCCCUUCUCUCCUCGCCUUGGUGGGAUGCAGAACCCCUUCACCUUCGCCAAUGGCGCUGACACCUCCUCGUCCUCAUCAGGCCAGGUGGAGCAGAUGGACACCAGCAACCCCAUGCCUUCAGGACCACACAUACACCAGCACUCACAGAACCAGAUACAACAACAACAACCACAGCAGCAGCGACAACAGCCACAGCAACAGUCCACUUGGAAUUGGAAGCAUUAACCCCAAUACCACUUAGGAGAUGAUCGUAUUUGGUAGCUUCCUUCAUGCUGCUCUGUUUCUCUCUCUCCCUCAUCCCUCUCCCUUGACCUUCUUCCUACCCUCUUUUCUUCCCUCCCUCAAUUUAUAGCAUGUAGCACUGACUUGGGUGACUUAUCAUGGCUGUAACAGAUGCCUCAAUUCAUAGGAGACUUAUCUUCUCAAAGGAAAAUUUUCUACCAGCCUGCACAGAACAUCUACAUAAGUUUAAGUCAAGGCCUAUGCAAGUGUUUGGUGAGUGUAAAUCAGUCAUUGACAUUCAAAGAGGUCAUUUUUUUUCCAUGAAUGCAAAGACAGCGGAGGCAUCUGCCCUUGCUGUCACAUAAAGGCUUAAAUACUUGUAAUGCCCAUUUUUCUUGUUAUAUUUUUAAAAUAUAUAUACGAAUAUUAUAGAAGAUGGUGUAUAACUGAUUAUAUAAGUUAAUGCCAUCUAUAUCAUAACUCUUUCAUCAUAGUCAUUUAUAUUUUUCAGAAAUGUAAGUAUUUCAUAUUCAAUACUAGGCUUCACAUAUACUCUUUUGUGACUAUUACAUAAUACAUAAUGUGUUCCAUAAGGCUGCACUGAAGAUUGGUCUUUUAAUGACUUGUAUAGCAUACACAGUUAUAUUCUGUAGGUGGCUUCUUAGUAAUUAGAGAAAUCAUGUGAUUUCUUUACCAAGUUUUCUCUGAUGACAGCCUUACAUACCAAGGAUAUAGUUGCAGCCAUACAUAAUGCAUUUUAAAUAUUUUCUGUUUGUUUGCUUGUAUGACCCAUGUAUGCAUCAAACACCACUAAACACAAAACUUCUUAUAUGUUGCUCUAUGUAUUGAAGCAAGCUUGAAGAUUAAAAAACUUUGAUCAGAAUAUUGUAUGGAAGAUUAGAGGCAUCUAGUAUAGGUAAGAAUAAUGAUGUCUGCUGCAGAUGCACCGAUGCCAAAAAAUGAUUUGUUAUUCAGGGAUGUACAGCAGUGAAUAUUUAGGGUUGCAAUAUCUUUUUUUUUCUCUUUCUCCUUUCCCCUCAUCCCACUUGGAGUGCCAUUUAACUGUUUAGAUUGUUUUGUUAUAGAUGAAGGCUAUUUUACAUCUUGUCUUUUCGUCAGUCUUGUGUUGCCCACUUUAGGAGGAUCUCUGAGUUGUAGAUAAGGUUUUGGUGUUUAUAUAUUUAUUCUUUAUAUAAAUCUGCGAACACCAGUACAUUAAAGAUAAUGAAUUCCAUUGUCAGUGUGAUAUUUUCGCUGUCUUAGGGGUUGUCUGGUGUAGAUCAAACAUCGACCUCAGAUAAAGAGGCUAGAAAAUUCUCCUGUUGCGAUAUGAUCUGGAUGAUGGCCAUCUGCUGUUUGUUUUGUUGUGUGAAACCAGAAUGAGAUCUAAAUUUGGAAUUGGGAGAGUUUAUAAUAGUGUAUUUUUUACUUACUGCUUGCAUAUAAAAUGGAAUGGUAUGCAUGAACAAUAAGAAGUUUCUCUCUUUUUUUUUUUUAAUAUUACUAUUGUAAUUAUCCAAAAAAAGGUUUAUCUGAGUUGGCCUCCAGUAUUCACACUUGGUUUUAGUUUAAUGGAUACUGUAUAUCAUCAACAUUUAUACAUUUCUUUCAGAACUUUAGAAUGAUGUUUGAUGCUACAUGUUGGUUAUAUGUUGAUAGUGCUAUAACAUUUCUCUGGAAUACACAAAGUAGGUACAGACUUGUGUAGAAAGAAGAAAUGCCGAAUCAUUCUAAUCCUAACACGACCCAUCAUGUUAUUAUUAGAUCUUGACAUUUAUAUGGGCCUAUUUAUUACUGAGUGGUGGAGAGUGUAGAUAUAAAUGUACAUAAGUAAUGUCAUUGCUAUUUAAUUAUUUUGAAGUCUACUGUGAUCACACUGAUGACUGUACAUGAGAGAGAAGUAAGUUGGACUCAGAUCUAUGAAAAACUAUUUUACACACAGAUUUCUCUAGUGUAGAACUGCUCUUUAUCAUCGUCUGUUUACUAAGAAAGGAAAAAAAAUUAAAAUGAUAUCUCAAAUGGGUGAAGAGUUUAUACGCUGGAUUAGAGAAACUGGUGUUUGAAGGUUAACGGCAGAUAUUGUGUUCAUACGCGUUCUGCUGAGGUGAGUUGUAGGUGUUUUGAAAUUGUUGGCAUUGUGGCACUUUUAUAUAUGCAGUAUAGUUUUUAAAAAUUCUGAAUUAAAAAAAAAAAAAGUAAAAAAAAAAA